GGGGAUUUGGGACUCACAACUGGGCUGGGCCUCAGUAUGACUCACCCGGCGAACCGAACCCGUGUGAGUUCUCACCCUGACCCGACGCAAAGGCUGAACUCAAUCGGGCACAAGUUCCUUCGAAUUCACCUUCUUUUCUCCUCAACACCUUUUGAUUCCUCACCAUAGCGGGCCGGUUUCACGUCUCCGGCGCUACUGGAUCAGAGGUUCAGCCUUCCUUCUGGUCGACUUGCCGGGAGAAGCCUCCGCCGGAAAUAUCGAGACACUGCUGUGUUCCGGCAGCCGCAAUCUUUCAUCAGAAAACAGUUCUCUUGCUGCUCCUUCUGCUCAAUUCUACGACGCUGGAACUGCACACAGCAUUUGUUUCGUCGAGGAUAAGUAGAAGGCCGUCAAAGCCCUGUGAGACUCCCGGUUUGAGAGAAGUUCUAAAAUCCUAUUCUGUCAAGUUCCCCUGUUUCUGUAAAACCCUACUCACUCCACCAUUAAACCCCUCAACCUUGGUACUAAAAAUGGCGUCCUUUAUUCCAGAAACGGCUCCAAAGCUUUUCACUCAUGAAACACUCCGCUCUGCAGCCAAGCAGUCUGAACGAAUCAACAUAGUGCCCGUCCGCCUCCGUAGAGCGAUCAAGAAGUUCAUUCGAGAGCAAGAUAACUGCCACAUGAAGAGGAAUGUGUUGAGUUUGUCUCAGUCCUUCAAUGAAAUUAAGAAUGUCAACCUCUUGCUUACUGCCUCCACAUCGAAGGAGUUGGUUGAAGAUCCUCUCAAGGCUGUGGAAUGCUCAAAGCGGUGGAAGAUCAAGAGCUCUUAUGGAGAUAUCGGACUCAAGUACCAAGAUGAUGCAACUGUGGCCUAUGUUGCUUCUCGAAUGCCUGCUGUAUACUCUGCAUGUUACAGAGUUCUCAGUGAGGUCCGUAGAAGGCUGCCCGGUUUCUCUCCAGCUAGAGUAUUAGAUUUUGGUGCUGGCACUGGUUCAGCAUUAUGGGCAGUGCGAGAAGUUUGGCCACGGUCUUUAGAGAGACUUAACUUAGUAGAACCAUCAAAAUCAAUGCAGCGUGCUGGUCAGAGUCUUAUACGAGAUCUGAAGGACUUGCCACUUAUUCGAGGCUAUGAUAGUAUUCAAGCGCUAAUGAAGAAAAUCAGUAAGUCAGAUAGAGAGCACGACCUUGUAAUUGCUUCAUAUGUGCUUGGAGAGAUACCAUCUCUGAAGGACAGAAUUACCAUAGUGCGCCAGCUUUGGGACCUAACACGGGAUGUUCUGGUUUUGGUUGAACCUGGUACACCACAAGGUUCUAGAAUUAUUUCUCAGAUGCGAUCUCACAUUUUGUGGAUGGAGAAAAGGAAGUGCCGCAAAGUUAAAAGUGCAUCUAACCAAGCUUCAAAGGACUUAGUGGUUUCCAAAAGUGGUGCAUUUGUAGUUGCUCCAUGUCCUCAUGAUGGACCUUGCCCUUUAGCAAAUACUGGAAAAUAUUGUCAUUUUGUUCAGCGCUUGGAGAGGACAUCAUCACAGCGUACAUACAAGUCCAGAGGCCAGCCUUUGCGUGGCUUUGAAGAUGAGAAAUUUUGCUUUGUUGCUUUCAGACGAGGACAACGGCCACAGGAACCUUGGCCUCUUGAUGGUAUGGAGUUUGAAACUUUGAAGGAGCAGCAUGCGAAAAGAAAACCAGAAGAUCUUGAAGUUGACUUUGAGGACCAAUUUGAGUCAGAAGUCGAGGACAUUCCAUACGAAGACGAUCCAGCUUCCUACGAUUCUGAUGUUACAGAAACAGAUGCCUGUGAUGAGAAUGAUGUAGAGGAGGAAGAAGAGGAAGAAACAGACUGUGCAGGUCUUGGGACUGGUUGGGGUAGGAUUAUCUUCUCUCCAGUUCGAAGGGGGAGACGGAUUACCUUGGAUGUGUGUCGAUCAACCAGACGUGAUGGCUCAGAGGGCUCUUUUGAGCGUGUGGUAGUUUCACAGAGUAAGAAUCCUACACUGCAUCAUCAGGCCAGAAGAUCUGUAUGGGGUGACUUAUGGCCUUUUUAAGGUACAGAAGGAAGUCAUGAAAGACCAGGCACAUCCCCCCUCAGUAGUGCCAGCUGCGGUCGUCUUACUACCCCAGCUCCAUUGCUACUUGCAGUGCGUGGGCAAGCUUGCUCGUAUCUUUUUGUCGAAGUUAAAAUUUUUAGUGUACGAUUUGAAAUCCACCAAUUGUUGAGUGCCACAUGAGCACUUGGGUUCACACGAGUGAGAGGUGCGCUUCGGGAUGGAUCUCAUUCACACCACUUUGAUGGUCUAAGAUUAAUAUAGCAUAUUGUUAUUGGCGAAUUUUAAA